ACGAAACGUAAACAAAAGCUCGCACAGUGGCAAUAUUUACGCGCUACGUGCGCACUUUUAUUUAUUGAACCCCGGCUGGCCCCGUUAAAAAGUAAGAAAAAGCGUCUUCCAACAUGUUCAUCAAACCGUUCAAGAUCAAGUCCAACAUACUGGUGACCGGGUCGGAGAAGAAGCGGUUGCGGCAGCGCGUGAUGGCACAGUUUAACCGGCCGGACGAGGAAACGGGCACCGCACCGUCGCCACUGGCCGAACUGUUCGGCAAUCGGGCGAAGGUGUGCACGGUCAAACUCAUCACCUACCACGAGGAACCGGUCACGGUGUACACCAGCGACAAGCGGCCCAUCUUCUUCGAGCUCAACGGGAAGCUGCUGCCGACCGUGUACACGCUGUGGAGCUGUCCGGAUCUGGUGCCGGCCUUCACUACCCACGCCACCGUGCUGCCAAAGCUGGCCAACGGGGCCGAUCUGAUGAUUCCGGGCGUGGUGAAGAAGGGCACAAACCUGGCGUCGUGGGGACGGCACCAGAAGGACGAUGUGGUGGCGGUAAACUUGACCUCGAAUCGGGCCGCCGUCGGAGUCGGACUGCUGGCACACUCGAGCAGCGAUCUGUACAUGUGCGGCGGGCAUGGUGUGUGCGUGCGCAUGAUGCACGUGUUCGGUGAUAAGCUGUGGGGCAUGGAACCGUCCGUCUGUCAGCAGGUGCCACUGCACGGGUCGGUCGUGUCGGUGCCGACGGAGUCCGAUUUCCCACCGCUCGGCAGCGAGAAGCCCAAACCGGUGGAGGAAGCGGUGAAGCAAGUCACAAAAUCGCUGGAAAAUGCUGCCCUUACUGCCCAGGAAGAGGAGUCGACCAGUGACGGUGACGCUUCGGACGACGAACCACAAGAGCCGGAAGAGGCGGAAAAGCCCCCCAAUCCCGACGAGCUGAUCAAGGGAGCACUGCUGAAUGCUCUCAAGCUGCACGGGAAGAAAAUUGCGCUUCCCCUGCUCACCAGCACCUUCUACCCGCAGUACGUGCAGCCGGAAAUUCCCGACGGGAUCGAAAUGAAGAAAAGCUCCUACAAGAAGGUGGGCACCUUCUUCAAGCGAAUGGCCGAGGAGGGCCUGCUCGAGAUAAAGGAGGAGAAGAAGGGCAUCGAAAAGGUGACCGCCCUCAACCUGGAACACCCGGCCGUGCUGUCGUUCUAUCCGUACAAGGCGCAGAAAGCGUCCACCGAUGGGCAGGAUGCGCCGGGCGGACCGGCCUCUUCCGGUGCUUCCAACCCGCUGCUUCUCACGCAGAUGACGGCCAUGUACGCGGUGAGCGAGCGAACGGCAAAGCUGUUCGGCUGCUUCAAUGUAGCGCUCGGCAAGACGCUGGACCAGACGCAGGUGCGCAACUACAUGCGCGACUACGUCGGGCGCAACAAGCUGAUCAAUCCGUCCACCAAGCUGGUCACGCUGGACGACACGCUGCGGGAAAUUUGCGGCUGCCCCCCGGCGCCGGAGGAGCCGGAAGUGCUGGUGGGGCUGGCCGACCUGACCGAAACGGUGCUGAACUGCAUGACCAGCACGUUCGAGAUGCGCAGUCAGAAGGGGACGGUCACGAAGGGCGGCAAGCGGGCGAUCAUACACCUGACGACGGCGACGCGCAGCGGCAACAAGAAGGUGACGCUGAUCAGCAACCUGGCGGACUACGGCAUCAAUGUGAACGAUUUCGCGAAGGCGGUGAAGCUGGGCGCCGCCGCCAGCACGACCAUGACGGAGGUGCCCGGCUCGAAGGGCGAGCAGCUGAUGGUGCAGGGCAAUCAUAUAAAGUUUGUGUUCGAGCUGCUCACCACCACGUACCAGGUGCCGAAGGCGUGCAUCACCGGGCUGGAGUUUGCCAAGGAGCAGAAAAAGAAGAAGAAAAAGUAAUGCUGGGCGGGGAGGUAAAUUGUGUGCUUGUGGGAGCGGAAAAGGACGAGAAAGAGAUGUCAUUAAAAAGAUAACACAAAUACAUAAAUUCCA